AUGUUCCCCCGUCUAAAUCGUUCCGUCGUCGUCUCUAGUCGCUCCAUACGCGGCUUCUCCUCGUCUUCGAUCGAACGUGUCCCGCUCUUUAUCAAUGGUAAAUUCAUUCAGUCCAAGACGGACAAAUGGAUUGACGUUCGUAAUCCGGCAACAAAUGACGUGAUCUGUCAAGUACCUGAAGCCACACAAGACGAAAUGCGACAAGCAACAGAAGCAGCUGCACGUGCCUACAAGACAUGGAAAGAAGUGGGUGUUCAACAUCGUCAACGUGUGAUGCUCAAACUUCAGCAUUUGAUUCGUCAACAUACCGAAGAGCUGGCCCUUUCUAUCACUACUGAACAAGGCAAAACACUUGCUGAUGCUCGUGGUGAUGUCUUUCGUGGACUUGAAGUUGUGGAAUUUACUUGUGGAGCGGCAACACUCAUGAUGGGCGAGACAGCGGAGAAUUUAGCCACGUCACUUGAUACGUACUCGUAUAAACAACCACUUGGUGUCUGUGCUGGUAUCUGUCCAUUUAAUUUCCCAGCUAUGAUCCCAUUGUGGAUGUUUCCUACUGGUACAGUGACUGGAAAUACAUAUGUACUCAAACCAUCCGAAAAGGACCCGGGUGCUACAAUGAUUCUUGCUCGUCUAGCACAGGAAGCGGGACUCCCGGACGGUGUGCUCAAUAUUAUCCACGGUGCUCACGAUACUGUCAACUUUAUCUGUGACGCGCCGGAGAUCAAGGCCAUUUCGUUCGUUGGUGGCAAUCAAGCGGGUGAAUACAUUCAUUCGCGUGGUAGUGCCAAUGGCAAACGUGUACAGGCCAAUCUAGGUGCCAAAAACCAUGCUGUCAUCAUGCCUGAUUGUGAUAAAGAGCAGGCGAUUGGUGCUCUUGCUGGUGCUGCUUUCGGAGCUGCUGGUCAACGUUGCAUGGCGCUCUCGGUCGUGGUGUUUGUCGGCAAGUCGAAGGAGUGGGUACACGAUAUCGUGGAGAAGGCCAAAGAGAUGAAGGUGAAUGGCGGUCUCGAGCCCGACACUGAUGUGGGGCCGCUCAUCACGGUAGCGGCGAAGGAGCGUGCCGAGCGUCUCAUUCAAGAAGGCGUUGACAACGGUGCGGACCUUCUUCUUGACGGACGCAAUGUAAAGGUCCCCAAGUACCCCAACGGAAACUUUGUGGGUCCUACGGUGUUGAAUAAUGUCGAUGCUGACAAUCCGGCGUACGUGGAAGAGAUUUUCGCUCCCGUGUUGGUCUGCACUUCCGUGGACACGCUGGAAGAAGCGAUCGAGUUGAUUAACCGCAACCCAUACGGCAACGGUACCUCGAUUUUCACUUCUUCGGGUGCCGCCGCUCGCAAGUUCCAGCACGAAAUUGAUGUGGGUCAGGUCGGUAUCAAUGUGCCGAUUCCUGUUCCUCUGCCCAUGUUCUCCUUCACUGGCUCGCGUGCAUCGAUUCGUGGUGAUCUGAACUUCUACGGCAAGGCGGGCAUCAACUUCUACACGCAGCUAAAGACCGUGACGUCGCUGUGGGACUACAACGAGAAGACGCGCUACAGCGCCGUGAUGCCGACACUCGGUCAGAAGUAA